CUCAGACGCGAUGACAAGCGGUCAAAGUUUUGAGGGCCAAGUGAUUGCGAUUACUGGUGGUGCUUCAGGAAUUGGCCUCGCAACCUCUCAGUUACUGGUUUCCCGUGGGGCCUCAGUUUCCAUCUGCGACAUUGACGACUCAGCGCUCAGUCACGUUGAAUCGCUCUUCAAGGACCAAGCUUCUCGGAUCCAACUUACUCGAGUCGACGUUAGCAAACGGGCAGAGGUGGAUGAAUGGAUCAGCGCUACAGUAUCCAGGUUUGGAAAGCUCACGGGUGCCGUAAAUUGUGCUGGCGUGAUCGGCAAACAUCACGGCCUAAGGGCAAUUACGGAGCUUGAAGACGAUCAAUGGGACCUGAUCAUGGACAUUAAUUUGAAGGGCAUGAUGAACAGUAUGCGUGCGGAGUUGCGAAACAUCGGACCAGGAGGCAGCGUUGUGUGCGUCACAUCGAUACAAUCGACUCUUGGAUUCGCCAAACAUGCAGCAUACAAUGCUAGCAAACAUGGAGUGCUUGGUCUCGUUCGCUGUGCAGCAUUGGAAAUGGGGCCGAAGAACAUUCGGGUGAAUGGAGUUGCUCCCGGGCUCAUCGACACGCCCUUGGUGGCUAAGAGAGACCACUUCAUGGGGUUUAACUCUAUCGAAAAUGUACGAGAAGCGGCGCUUCAACGUGCUGGCAAACCAGAGGAAGUUGCCAAUGUCAUAGUCUUCCUGCUUAGCAACGAGGCUAGCUAUGUCAACGGUGCCAAUUAUGCCGUUGAUGGCGCGCGUGAAACAGCAAUAUAG